CCUUGUAACCUAUCAAUACAUUGGACGCGUUAGAGGUGGAGCCAGAAGAAAUCAACGAGGGUUGAGACGCUGGGUUAGGGAUACCGGGAGAAUGAACCCAGAAAAGCGCAUCAAGCGGGAACCGGAGGAGGAUGUGGAUGAAGACGAAGUUGUAUCGAAGCAAGGUCGCCAUGAAACAGAAGACCGUCGCAGUCGCCACUGCCCGUACCUGGACACAAUCAACAGGAGUGUCCUGGAUUUUGAUUUCGAGAAGCUGUGCUCCAUCUCCUUGUCACACAUCAAUGUGUAUGCCUGCCUUGUAUGCGGCAAAUAUUUCCAGGGUCGAGGCUUGAAAUCUCAUGCGUACAUCCACAGUGUGCAACUCAGCCACCAUGUCUUCCUCAAUUUGCACACUCUGAAGUUUUACUGCCUGCCUGAUAACUACAACAUCAUUGACUCUUCCCUGGAGGAUAUUACGUACGUUCUUAAGCCAACAUUCACCAAAGCUCUGAUCUCUAGCAUGGACAAACAGGCCAAGCUUUCCAGAGCGUACGAUGGAACCACAUAUCUCCCUGGCAUUGUUGGAUUAAACAACAUCAAAGCUAAUGAUUAUGCAAACGCCGUAUUACAAGCUCUCUCCAAUGUUCCUCCCCUGCGGAAUUAUUUCCUGGAGGAGAAGAAUUAUCGGGAUAUCAAGCGCCCGCCAGGGGACAUCAUGUUCCUUUUGGUUCAGAGGUUUGGGGAGCUAAUGCGCAAGUUGUGGAACCCCAGGAAUUUUAAGGCCCAUGUUUCCCCCCACGAGAUGCUACAAGCUGUGGUUCUAUGCAGCAAGAAAAAUUUCCAGAUCACAAAACAAGGUGAUGGGGUGGAUUUUCUGUCCUGGUUCCUAAAUGCUCUUAACUCUGCACUCGGUGGGACCAAGACAAAAAAGACUACUGUAACCGAUGUGUUCCAGGGAUCCAUGAGGAUAUUCACCAAAAAGCUCCCACACCCAGAUUUGCCUGCAGAAGAGAAGGAGCAAUUGCUGCAUAAUGACGAGUACCAGGAGACUGUGGUGGAUUCUCCUUUCAUGUUCUUGACCUUGGACCUCCCCACUGCCCCUCUCUACAAGGACGAGAAAGAACAACUAAUUAUCCCGCAGGUCCCUCUCUUUAGCAUCCUGGCUAAAUUCAAUGGCAUCACUGAAAAGGAAUACAAGACCUAUAAAGAAAACUUUCUGAAGCGCUUCCAGCUCACUAAGCUGCCCCCAUACCUGAUCUUCUGCAUCAAACGUUUCACUAAGAAUAAUUUCUUUGUAGAGAAGAAUCCUACCAUCGUGAACUUCCCCAUCACGAAUGUAGAUCUGCGAGAGUACCUGGCAGAGGAAUUUCAGUCUGUGCAUAAGAACACAACCUACGACCUUGUUGCAAACAUAGUGCAUGAUGGGAAACCCACUGAGGGAUCUUAUCGUAUACACGUCCUGCAUCACGGCACUGGAAAGUGGUACGAAAUGCAGGACCUGCAAGUAACAGACAUAUUGCCCCAGAUGAUCACUCUGUCAGAGGCCUACAUUCAGAUAUGGAAGAGAAGAGACAAUGAGGAGAAAAACCAACAGGGGGCAUGACCGCCCCCCGAACACCAAUCAUUUUUGAAGACAUCUUAUAUAAAGCAGGAUCAGAUGCUGGAAACAGGUUGUAGGAAACUGAGCGAUGCGUGCUGACCUCAUCUCAUUCCGGUGUGACGAUGCCUUUCUACCUGGUGUCUGAGAAGAGUGGUUUAUGUGAAGCUAAUAGGCAAAACCUGAUUUUGUCCCCUUCGUGUGCUCUGAUCGUCGCGUGGUAGAACCAGCUAUGUCUGUACAGAUAAAUCUUCUCACAGUUUGUGCUUGCAGCCACGGGUCAGAGACUUUGAUAUUUUAAAAAAGAUAUAUAUAUUUUGUUUUUUGUUUUUUUUGUCUUUUUAUUAAACUUGUUUCAUCACAGGUUAA